UUCUUGUUUUCGCUUUUCGGUCAGAUCGAACAUCAGUCGUGCGUGCCUGCCGUAAUUCCAAUAGAAAGAAAUCGCAACAUUUAUUACAGAAAACAUGGCCUCUAUAUUGAGAACCGGCAAAUUCCUGCGAUAUUUUGCGGGCUUCACGCGAAAUGUGGUUGUGAAUACGGUGCGUGAGCCCGAAAGCGGUUCCCUGUUGCAAAACACCUCAUGCAUGUGCACACAAUUCCAUAAUGGCUUUGCCAAUGGUGCUGCUGCACCCAAAGCCGAUCUUAGUUUGGAUAAGCAGAUCAAGCGUAUUGACAAUGAUGUACGACGCAUGGGUCGAAUAUCGCGUCGCGACAUUGAAGAUGUUAUGGAGGAGAUACGCCUACAACGUUCCGCUACUAGUUCUCAGUCUUUGUUGGUGAUUAGAUGUUGCGGCAAUCUGGUGCCAGAAGAAAUGCCUGAAGUUCGCACAGCAUUGGUGCAGGAAAUAUGGAAAACAUUGAAUACCUUAAAUGUUCCCAUGGAUAUAUCACACUACAAUGCCCUGCUACGAGUGUAUUUGGAAAAUGAACAUCAGUUUUCACCCACCGAUUUUCUGGCCGAAAUCGAAUCCAAGUCCAUAGAGCCAAAUCGUGUGACAUAUCAGCGUCUAAUUGCACGUUAUUGUCAGCAGGGUGACAUUGAUGGAGCCACAAGAAUUUUGGAGUACAUGAGAGCUAAGAAUUUAUCUGUGAACGAGGCUGUAUUCAAUUCCUUGAUUUUGGGACAUUCUCAGGCUGGUGAUAUGGAAUCUGCCAAAGGCAUUUUGACUGUUAUGAAACAAGCCGGCUUAGAACCCAGCGCAGAAACUUUUACCACUCUUCUGUGUUGUUAUGGCAAACAUGGUGAUAUGGACAGCAUUAAUGCAACUCUAGCGGAGUGUGAGAAAAAUGAAAUACUUUUGCUCGACAAAGACAUACUGGACAUUAUCUAUAACCUAACUGUCAAUGGCCAUGGUGACAAAAUUGAUGGACUUUUGAGCAAAUUCCAUUUCUCGACUGGCUUCAAUCAGGAUUGUGUCAACACAAUUUUAAGAUUAACCAAUAAUGGCUAUGAAGAUGUUUGUCUCAAGUUGUUGCGCAUAAUGCCUCGAGGUAAUCGUCCCGAUGGCCAACCUGUUGAUGUGGGAGUCUUCUUUAUACGCCAACUGGUAAAGGCAAAUCGACCAGUGGAGAAAAUUUUAUCCAUAUGCAAAACUUUGCAAGAUGAAGGUUUGAAUGGCAAAGCCCUUUUAACAGCUACCGAAGCAGGCCUUACUCAAGGUUUGGUUAACAGCACCUUGCCUUUGUUGACUGAAAUGAAGAAUGCUGGCCUGCCUAUAAGACAACACUACUUCUGGCCCCUCAUCUGUUCCGUGGAGUCCAAUCAAAUUGUGGGCAUACUACGCAAAAUGCAAGAAGAAUUCCAUAUGACCCCCAAUGCCGAAACCCUAAGAGACUAUGUUAUUCCACAUCUCAAGGAGAAAAACAUGGAUAAAAUCAUCACACUGCUGCGAGAUGUUGGUGUGGCAAAUGGCACAGCCGCAGCGGCUGCUUGUUGUGUUGCCUUAAACAACAAUCAAAUAAAGGAGGCAGCUGCGAUCAUGGAAAACUACAAUGCCAUUUAUAAUAUACAAACUUUCCGCCAACCUUUGGUGCAAGCUUUUGGCAAGGUGCAAAACUAUGAGGCAUUUGUAAAAUGUGUGCGUCAAUUAUAUGAAAGUGAACAGAAGAAAGCUGCAUCAGCAAAUGCAGCCACAAAGUCCGAACAAGCAAAUGAACAGCAAGCAGAAACCGCGGAGGCAACUGAAGCAGCUGAAGAAGCAGAAACGGUGUCCAACAACAAAGACGCCAGGGAUAUUGUGGGCGAUUUAAUUAUCGACGUAGCCUCAUAUUUCCGCACAGAUCGCAUCAAUGUCUUGGAAAGACUUCUACCCAAAUUGGUACAACAAGGUUUUACCAUCAGCAAUCAAAAUGCCGAAAAACUUUCCGAUAAACUUGGCUCAGAAAUGACACCAAAAAUAUCCGAAUUUUUGGGUAAAUUAUCAUCUGGCGAAUUGGAAUUGGUGCCCUUAAAGAAUUCUCCCAAAAAACGUAGUCUUGACUCUCUGACAGUGGAUGAGCUAGAGCGUUUUAUUGCCAAUGUUGAGGCCAAGGGUGAAAAUGCCAAUCAUUUGAAACGUCAACUACUCAAUGCCUGCUUCCGUGCAAAAAAUAUUGAGAAAACUUCGGAGGUCAUGGAGCGCCUGGAAAACGCGAAAUUUGCCGUUGGCUCUGGCGUCUAUGCUCAAUUAAUUGAUUUAUACAAUCACCAUGGACGUGUGUCAGAGGCCAUAGGCACCUUUGAAAAAAUCAAAACCAAGGAUCCCGAAUUCCGCUUGGACAAUUUGAAAUCAAUUAGCAUUGUAGAGGGUUUGCUGAAAGAGGAACGCUUCGAGGAGGCCCUCAAGUUCUUGGAGGAAAACAAAAAGCCUCAAGUUAUGGGAGAGGGAGAGAAUAACUACAAUAAUGCCUCAAAAGUUUGGCGCAUUUUGAAUGCUUUGGCUGAGCAGGGUAAUGCGGAAAAAUUGAAAAAAUUAUUCGAUGCCUUUGUGCAGGGUAACUUUAUUUUGCCCACAAAUGUUAUACUGGGACCUUUGAUUAAGGUACAUUUGGUAAAUGACAACAUACCCAAGGCCAUAGAAGCCUUUGAGAAAAUCUGUGAAGAAUACAAAUCAACACCCUGGAAAAAUGAAUUGGCCCGAAGACUGAUACAAGCCGAAGAUGCAGCCAAUUUGCAAAGGGUUACCGAUCUAAGCACCAACAUACAUGGCGAAAUAAACAGUCUUUAUGAUCUGGUGUUCUCCUUUGUCGAGUGUGGACGUGUCAGACAGGCCCGCAAGAUAUUGGAAACACCCGGCUUGCGCACCCGUCCCCAUCGCAUUGAUAGCGCCUGUGACCGUUACCGCAGUGAGGGCAUGGUGGAGCCCUUAGAGGGUUUGGUGGAGGCCACACGUGACCUAAGUCACAUAGAUCGCAACAAAAUUUAUUACAGCUUGCUGUUGAGUUAUUGCAAAACUGAAGACACCGAUAAGGCUUUGGGUUUGUGGACUAAAAUGCAAGAGGAAAACAUUACACCCAACGAUGAGUUCCUUAACAAAUUGGCUGAAUUGUUAGAGUCAAAGAACCUGCCAGUGCCAUUUGUAGUGGAGACAAAGCAAGCGGCGCGUAAAAACAAAAUUGCUGCCGUGGCCAAGGCUGCUGAGGCGUCUGUAAAGAAACCUGCAACACCUGCUGCAACUACAGCAGACACAAAACCCCCUAAACCCUCAGCGCCAACUGCUGAGUCUAAAGCUCCCUCUUCACUUUCAGUUUUCCGCAAAGCUUUGAAAAAUAACGAUUUGGAUGCAGCGCUGGAAGCCCGCAAUCAAAUGAAACCCUUCGAACAGCCUUCCAUAUUGGACAAUUCUCAUUUAAUUGAAUUGCUGGUAAGAGCUGGCCGCUUGAGUGAAGCUACCAAAUAUGUCAACGAACUGUUGGCCGCAAAACUAUAUCCCAUGCCCAAAGUUUUCAAAUUCUACUUGAAUCGCAUCGCAAACAGUGGCGACUUGGAGACCAUGCAAAGCAUAGGCCAACAGUUGAGCGAAGAGCAGAAGCGUAUCGUUUCAUUUGAUAACCGCUAUUGUCAUGCCAAUAUUGUGGCUGGCAAGGGGGAGCAAUAUUUCAAGAAGCUAAGUGAUGAUAUUGCUGCAGCCAAAACCGAAGAAGAAGUUAACAAAUUGGCCGAAACAUUCCCCAGAGGAGGAGCCUUAGGAAUUUUAGACAAACAUCCUGAAAUGGUGGAACAAUUCCAAAAAUUGGCCGAAGACUAUGCCAAACACAACCAAUUGGGACCCAUGAAUAUCCUAUGGAUUCAUCAUGUUUCCAAGGGCAACGAUGCUUUAUCCAAAUCUAUUUGGGACAAGUAUUUAUCCAGUGCGCCACGUCUUAUGUUCCAACGUGUCUUGCAGACAGCCCGUGAUCAAAACGAUGACAAAAUGGCCCAGAAUGUCAUUAGCCAAUUGCGUGAAUCCAAAAUCUCCGAAGGAGCCAUUGGCAAUGCCUACUCCUGCCUCAUCGAUAUUCAAACCUCAAAAGGCAAUUCGGAAAAAGCUUUGGAGACCCUUAAGACCGCCGUGAAAGAUGUCAGCUUGGAGCACAUAAAUCGCACCGCUCUGCAACGACUGAAAACCGCCUUAGAAAGUGAACAGAAGCAAUUCCCCUAUACCAUACCUGACAAGAAGGUGGGCGGUAAAUCGAUUUCUUCUUCAUCCUCUUCGUCAAGUAGUGACGAUGAUGUUACGCCCAAACGACCCGAAACUAGACCGACUAAACCAUCUCAAAAGGAUGCUUAAUUGCUUUAAUUAUUCUCUUUUUUUAAUUUAGUUUUAAUUUAUACCUCUUACGUUCGUAUUAAAUGUAUUCUUUAUUCAUUAUCACAAUAUGAAACCAUGAUAACUAUUAAGAAUUGUUUUCUGUUAUUGAAAAAGAUUAUAAAUAAUAAUAAUAAUUAACUUCAACGUGA